AUGGCCAGAGGCUGGGCUUCCGUCGUCAAAAGGUCUACGACGAUCUCGAGGGAAGGGACGAGCCAGACCCCGCAGGUCAAGGCGGCCAUUGUCCUACCCGCCCCCAUCAUCUGCGGCAAGGUAGACGGCCCGGUGGUCACGUCCUCGAAGCAGACGCUGCGCGCACCUUCACCAGAACUGGCAGAGGCUACGGCUGCCGGUAGGGACGACGCGUCGCCAUGGAACGACGACGGCCUCUACCUUGCGAGCACUGGCGACUUGGAAGAAGACGGAGCACGGUAUAGAAAAGGAGAUCUCGUCGGGAAGGCAGGUUUGAGGCGGAAGUGUGGACUGAACCAAAGACUGGGAGAGUGGAGAUGUCACAUGCACCGCGUUGGUCUGACGGCAAUGUGCAACGAUGACUACGACAAUGACGACGAUGACGACGACGACGACGACGACGACGACGACGAAGCCGAAGACGAAGACGACGAAGACGAAGACGAAGAUCAAGACCAGGACGAUGACGAAGCUACUGGGUGUACGUAG